AUGAAUCUGCUGCUGUCCUCCCAGUUGCUGUGGAUCCUGUCAGCCCUGUGCGGCUCUGACUUGUGUUGGAGUUUUGUCUCUGGCCGGCCUAAACGCUCCGGAGAGGAUGGGACUCCAGCCCGGACAGAAUCUCGCUCUGCGUGGCAGUCCCCGCCGGCGUCCGGCUCCUGCAGGGGCAGGUGUUUCGAGCUGGUGGAGGCGGAGCCCCCAAACUGUCGCUGUGACAACCUCUGUAAGACCUACAACAGCUGCUGCCCCGACUUCGACCAGCUCUGCCUCAGGACAGGUGGGGGGUACGAGUGCAGUAAGGACCGGUGUGGGGAGGCCCGGCAGGAGCCGCACGCCUGCCACUGCUCCGACGACUGCCCCGCCCGAGGGGACUGCUGCACCAACUACAAGAAGCUGUGCAAAGGAGACACCUCCUGGCUACAGGAUGAAUGUGAGGAGAUCCGGACCCCAGAGUGUCCUGCUGGGUUUGUGCGUCUACCACUUAUUAUAUUGUCAGUGGAUGGAUUCCGAGCUUCUUAUGUGAAGAGAGGCAACACGGUCAUACCCAACAUAGACAAACUCAGAACAUGUGGGACCCAUGCUCCUUACAUGAGGCCAGUUUACCCAUCCAAAACCUUUCCCAACCUUUACUCUCUGGCCACGGGUUUGUACCCAGAGUCUCACGGCAUCAUUGGGAACUCCAUGUUUGACCCAGUGUUCGAUGCAGCCUUCAACCUGAGAGGCCGGGAAAAACUGAACCACCGGUGGUGGGGGGGGCAACCGAUCUGGAUCACAGCACUCAAGCAGGGAGUGAAGGCAGCUACCUUCUUUUGGCCUGUUGCCAUCCCCUCAGAGAGGAGAGUGCUCACCAUGCUGCAGUGGCUCCAUCUCCCUGAAGGAGAGAGGCCGUAUGUGUACGCCAUGCACUCAGAACAACCCGAUGCAUAUGGACACAAAAUGGGGCCCAAGAGCGCGGAUCUGAACAGCCCUCUCCGGGUGAUUGACAGGACCGUGGGCCAGCUGAUGGACGGCCUUAAGCAGAUGAAACUGCAUCGAUGUGUCAACAUCAUCUUGGUGGGGGAUCAUGGUAUGGAAGAGGCCCACUGCGAUCGCACCGAGUUCCUCACUAACUAUCUGUCCACUGUAGAUGACAUCAUCCUCGUCCCGGGGGCCCUCGGCAGAAUCCGCUCCAGAUACCCCAACAACCCAAAAUAUGAUCCAAAGACUGUUGUUUCAAAUCUCACUUGCAGGAAAGCAGAGCAGCACUUCAAACCGUACUUGAAACAGCACCUGCCCAAGAGACUGCACUACGCCAACAACCGCCGCAUCGAGGACAUUCACCUGCUGGUGGAGAGGAAGUGGCAUGUUGCCAGGAGAGCUCCUGAAGGCAGGAGACACUGUGGCUUCCAGGGGGACCAUGGAUACGACAAUAAGAUCAACAGUAUGCAGACUAUAUUUUUGGGCUAUGGACCAACAUUUAAAUUCAAGACUAAAGUUCCAGCCUUUGAGAACAUUGAGCUGUAUAACAUAAUGUGUGAUCUUCUCGGUCUGAAACCAGCUGCCAAUAACGGAACCCAUGGCAGUCUGAACCACCUGCUAAGAAGCCCCCCGUUCAGGCCCAGCAUGCCAGAGGAAGUAUCCAGGCCGACAGCCCCUGCUCUGGUUCCUAUGGUAACGGAUGACUUGGGCUGCAGCUGUGAUGAAAAGUUGCGUGUAAAAAGUAGGGGCCAGAGAGGUUUGAAAGUCACCCUUGUGCGCGGCUAUAACCUGGAGUCACUGUGGCUCUGUCUCUUACAGAACAAAGUGGAGGAGCUAAACCAGCGAUUGAAGCAAGCAGUUGAUGACAGCAGGAACCUGCCGUAUGGCCGGCCUGCUGUCCUUUUCCGUACCAAGUACUCCAUCCUCCACCACAGUGACUACAUCAGUGGCUACAGUGAAGCUCUGUCUAUGCCUCUGUGGACCUCGUACACUGUCAGCAGAGAGGUGGAGGCGUCGCCCCUGUCCGAAGCUUUGUCCAGCUGUGUGAGAGCUGACGCUAGAAUCCCUCCAGCUCACAGCCAGUCCUGCACCAGCUACAGAGCAGACAAACACAUCACGCACGCCUUCCUGUACCCCCCCGGGCUGUCUUCCAACCUGGACAAAAGAAAUGAGGCUCUCCUCAUCACCAACACGGUCCCCAUGUAUCCUGCUUUCAAAAGAAUAUGGAGUUACUUCCAGAGAGUGCUCGUGAAGAAGUAUGCCACUGAGAGGAAUGGAGUGAACAUUCUCAGUGGACCCAUAUUUGACUACGAUUAUAAUGGAGUCAGAGACUCAACUGAGAAGAUUAAAGACUCCCUGAGGGACACGGUGUCCAUCCCCACACACUACUUCCUGGUCCUGACCAGCUGCCUGGACUUCACUCAGGCUGCAGACUCGUGCGGCGGCCCGCUCAGCAGCGCCGCCUUCAUCCUGCCUCACCGGCCCAACAACGAGGAGAGCUGCAACAGCUCAGAGGAGGAGUCCCGAUGGGUGGAGGACCUGAUGAAGAUGCACACGGCUCGGGUGAGAGACGUGGAGAUCCUGACCGGCCUGGACCUGUACCGCAGAACCACUCGGAGCUACGCUGAAAUCCUCUCUCUCAAGACCCACAUGCACACUUAUGAGAGUGAGAUCUGAGGCGCCUGUGCUUUAGCCGUGGUGGAUGUAUGGGGUUGUAGGAUCCAUGCUGUGGCACUUUCAACCAAACCUCUGCUUUCAUUGACUCCUUCCAUCCGUCUGCUUCGAUUCAGCUCCGACACCACUGAGCCACCACCUGGGAAACUGGACACCUGUGUGGGUUUCAUCACGAAACCAGGUUAGGUCAACCUAACCCCCCCACUAGGGAGGAGAGGUGCACCUCAGGUCUAUUGGGUGAUUCAGGGUCCCUGAGCAAUUUUUCAGAAAGGAAAGAGGAGGAGGGGGGGGGGG